CUCCUCUCAGGGCCGAAACACCAAGUAGAAGACGUGGGAGGCGGCGCCCAACGACAGCGACAGCGGCAGCAAUAGCGACGACCAAUUUCCACCGCACAAAAGGGCCCCGCUUCUUCCGACAAGAGGUCAAGAAAGGUCCUUGAGGACCAACAGAUGGUAGAUGAAGUCUCCAGCCUUGUCUCUACACAUGGAUCUGGGGAUCCAGGGCCCAUGGAUGGGAAAAAGACUCUUCCCCUGAAGUCAGCCAGGCUUUACAUGGAACUGACAUUUUCAGAAUUGGUCCUGGAGCACGGUGGCCUGGUUACCACACCUGAGUUCAAUGAUGCAGUUUCCAAGGAGGAAGAUCCAAAGGGAGCCCAGGAGGCAGACCAAGCUCCUGAUUCAGCACCUGUCCAACACCUGGAGGAGCUGGCUAUAGGGUCAGACAGGGAUGACACUCCAGGCCAGGAGAGCAGCCCAUUGCCAAGGGUGGUGCCACCUCAAGUGACCACUCUAGCUGUAGCUGUGGAGCCCGGGCCAGGCUCUGCAUCAUCUGCUGACCUUAUGGAGGCCCCAUUCCACCUGCCUGAAGAGUCCUCCCUGGAACCUGCCCUGGUUGCCACCACUGGGGAGGAGCUGGCUCUGCAAAGUGCACCUGGGCCAGUUCUGGAGCUGCGUAUUAUCCCUCCGGUUCUCCCACUCCCACCCGAAGUUGUGUUACCUCCCCUGUUUGACCUUCUCCUUUUAUACUGUUUAAUUGUUGCAUUUUCCCUUUCUCCAUGGCAUGGUUAA